CUCUCUUCGGCUUCGCUCAUGCUCUGCGACUCCCUUCUUCGUCUCCCGUUUGGAUUCAGAAAUGGUGGGGAUUCCGGAGGCUGCAGCCGGACAUAUCGGCAGCGGAGUAACUGACGGCGGUCCACCAGCACUCAGCUGCGGUUCGAGGGCUGCCGCUCCUGUAGCAGUGGCGGGGAGGAGGAUACGCCCAGGAGAGACCGAAGGCCGGAUCGCCCCUCGCCGGAGCGAACGGCGCUAGGUAUAAGUCGAUGUCGCCGGCUCAACUCCGGAUCGCGCGGCGCCGUGCUUUACGAUACACCCUGGGUUUAGCCCCCCCCGCUCUCCUCGAAUCCCCCAUCCUCCUUACCAACACGAAGGUGGGUGAUCUCUGUACUUGCUUCAUUUCGUCUUGUCUGCAUGUGCUGUUCGAAUCUCGCGUCUUCUUCGAUGACGUUGGUAUUUGGACACGAAAUAAAGUUGCUUUUCUUGCGAACUUCUCAGUUCGUGAUCUUUUUGCUUGGCAGGAUGAAAGAUUUUUUUAUUAGGUUAUAUAAUUUUUCUUCCUCUAGUGUACAAGAAAAAGGUUUUCACUAAUCAUCUAAAUAUUCUUCAUUCGUGGAUUGACUAUUGUUCUGACGUCUGCAGUGUGAGCAUUCAUAAGAAUCUAAUCUUUCACUAUCAUGUGCUCUGAAUUGAUGUGCGUUUCGUAAUUCGAUCUUUAAUAGCUUAAGUUCUACGAAGUUUUAUAGUUUAUCUUUUUCAUUCGUGAGUGUGCUUUUUUUAUCUUCUGAAAUUUAUCCAGUGCGAGCAAGGUCGGUAGAACCGUAUUGUCGAUGGCCUUUAAAUAGAUUGUUAUUCUCACUUUGUUCUGUUAUGUUUCUUCACCUUUAUGUCGUUAUAUGUGACAUGAAAUUAUCAAAACACUUGCUUUGGUAUUGACUUUGAUUGGGAAUUUCUCUUACUUUAAAAAGCAUUCACGUUGACCCUAUUCUGAUGGACUUGUGGACCAGCACCCAUCUUUGUGUGUGUCAGUCGUUUCAGCUUGGUUCAUUAAGCUUUUCUGUAUGGGGAUUCAUUCUUAUUCAGAGCUGGAGCAUCAGAAUAUAUGUGCUACUUCUAAAACUUCCACUUGAAGAUUAAUGGAAAGCAGUAAUUUGGACACUUACUCUCGUGCAGUUUUUACAGGUACUUAUUAGAAAUUAAUUUUCAGUUUUAGGUGACUGAAUGAUGCAGUUUUAGGUUGAUUUUACUUGAGCAAAAGAAAAUUCAGAAUAACAUCAUAACAAAGGUAUAUAUGAUUAUUACGUUUAAAAUUCUCAGUGCUUCUUUUCGCUGUCUAUAAUCCGGAUGCAAAUUUUCUAUCUUGAAAAUGGAUUUGGCUGCUUUAUAUAUGAAAGGAAUCUGCUAGGUUGAUUUGAGGUGAUGUAUACAACUAGCAAUAUGGUAUACUGCCAGUUCCCUUGCUUAGAUAGCUUCUCAAUAAUGGACCAUUAGUACCUAGUAAUCAUUUAGUGUUUCCUUGUGAAAAUCUUGGUUUUUAUUUUAGGAAGAACAAGGUGGAUGCUUCCUGAUCAUUCAUCCUGCAGAACAUGGAUUGUCAGGAGAGUUAUACAAUGACAUGUAGCCUGCAUCUUUUGCUGUUUUUAUAAUAGCUUCAUAUACAUAGACUUUAACAUUGAGAUUAGAACAAUAGAAUUUUUACUUGUACUUUUAGCAUUCUUUGGUGCAGGUUGAGCCUUCUCCAACUACUGGAACCCUCAAUAUGUCCUCUGCCAUGGAUAAAACUAUUUGUUCAGACACCUUAUCUUCUCAAAGGCAUACUUCUGAUGUCAGUGCAUAUGAUGGAAGGAAUCCUGAAGAUUUUCAGUUCAAACCUCAAGUUGGAGCAUCUUAUAGUCUAGGCCUAUCUUCAUUAAGACCUAUCGUAAUUUCCAAUCUAGUUUUGAGUAUAUUGAUGAUUCAUGAUGGUGCUGUUUAUUCUUUCGUCACUAUUCUCACUGUAUCCAUAUGUAAGUAACUUCCUGUGAAAUGUGAGUGCCAGUCUGAGAUAGGUAACAAUAUGACCAUGUUUUCUGGAGGCCACUCAGAGCAGGUAAUUGCAAAAUAAAAUCAAAAUUUAGCUUGAUUGAAAUAAAAUAUCCUCACAGCUUAAAUAAAUAGAAAUACAGAUAUGUAAAAAGAGUAGGCAAAUUGUUGGAAUAAAAUAGAAGAGAUUAAGAUACAAUUUGCUUUCCAACUAGAGAAUGCUUUAAUUUGGUCUUUUGUUGCAUCAACAAACACUCACCAUUAAAUAGCUCCUCCUAGUAUGAUCUGCUUAAUGGGGUGACGCUGUUUUGUAGAAUCAAGUUGAUUCAGUCAGGGCCAGCAAAUACCAACGUGUUUACGGAAAAGUUGAAAAUUGUAACUCUAAUCAAACCAUUACUUUUACAUCUACCAAUAUAGCCUGAGAAUAAAUGAAUAAAACAGGAGUUUGGUAGUUGAAUUAUGCAAAUACUAGACUAAUGAGAAAAUUAUUUGAACAGAAUUCUAAUUUUAAUAUCUUCUUUUUGACUUUUCCAAGCAAAUAAUGUGGCUUUGUCCAAGUACCAAAAAUAAUCAGGUUGGCUUAUGGUCUAUCAGGGAUUCAGAUCCAUAUUUUUCAUUCUACAUUUUUGUUAAGAAGGUUCCUGGGUAUGCUUAAUUGACCUCUUCAUGGAAACUGUUCCUUAGCCAUCUUUUUUGGAAUCAUUUAUGGUUUUGAGGGUUUAUUUGAAGAACUGUGAUCUGUAACUCUGACCUGUGAAUUUCCUACGUUGUAAUAUGCUGGUAAUCGGUUUGGAUUUUGCAUUUUCCAGAUACCUUAUUUUCUCAUUGAAAGGACUAGCUUUAAUCAAUGCAUAUGAACCUGUCUACAUUUUACUAUGAUUAUUAGUCGCAUUGCCUGUAGUAUAUUAAACAGUUUAUUGCAGGUUUCUGCAGGCUUGAUCAAAAAAGAGCAUGAGCCUUCUAUGCAGAGUCAAAAUCAAUCUCAAGGUCAGAACCCGGUUGCGUCUGAAAAUGAAUCAAUUCUAUCAGAAUCUGUUCCGAAUUCAGCUAUUGAAGUAACCAAUUUGAGAGUUUAUCUGCCAGCUGAAGCAGCUUCUGGUGAAUUUCAGCUGACAAAAUGUUCAGUGCAAAACACAAGGAUGUUUCAGUCUGAUCCAAGUGAACCUAUAUCAUCCAAGUAUACUUGAAAAAUCUGCAGAAGAUGGUUAUAACUGGAGAAAGUAUGGGCACAAGCAUGUCCAAGGUAGUGAAUAUCCUCAGAGCUAUUACAAAUGCACACAUCCUACUUGUGAAAUGAAGAAACAAAUGGAACGUUCUCAUGAUGGAAUGGUCACUGGAAUCAUCUAUAAAGGUCAUCAUGAUCAUCCUAAGCCCCAAUCUAGUCGUCGUUUAGCAGCUGGUACAAUGCUCUCCUGCCAUGAAGAGGAAAAAACUGAUAAAUUGUCUUCUUUAAUGAGUGUUGAAGAUGAGUCAACAAAUGCACCUGACCACACGUAUCAUCAGAUUGAUCCAAACAGUAUUACUGAGUCUCCUUAAACUGGUGGAGGGCAAUCCAAUGAUUGUGAUGAGGUCGCUGUAGAUGGUAAUUUGGAGUCCAAACACAGGAAAAUGGAAAUUGCUAACAACAAUUCUGCUUUGAUUGGCAAAACGGACCAGGAGCCUCGUGUUGUUGUGCAAACACUGAGUCAAGUUGAUAUCUUGGAUGAUGGGUAUCGUCGGCGGAAAUAUGGGCAGAAGAUAGUUAAAGGGGAUCCUAAUCCAAGGAGUUACUAUAAGUGCACCAAUGCCGGCUGUCCUGUAAGAAAACAUGUCGAGAGGGCAUCACAUGAUCCGAAAGCAGUAAUUACGAAUGGUAAGCAUAAUCAUGAUGUACCAGCUGCAAAGACUAUUAGCCAUGAGGCAUCUGCAUCAGUGGUGACAGAUGCUGAUGGUUCUCUGUGCAUCCAUGCUUCAGCAGCUCUCACUGGUACAAUGACUACGACACCCUUUUCUCACCCACUCACCCAAACGAAGAGCAACACGAUCAGCCUUGACCUUGGUGUUGGCAUCAGCACCAGUCAAAGCGAUGCCACAAAUGGAAGUCAGCAGCUUUUGGGAACAGACCAGAUUCAUCAGCACCAUCAAGCACAAUUUGUUGGUUCCGGUAAGCUGGUGAUUCAAGCAACUCCAUUGUAAAAAAUCUAUGGAAGUUCACGCACUAGAAUAUCUUAUACAACCCCAGGAAAUUUAUUGAUGGGUCGAUGAAGACUUCAUGCAAUUCAAGAUAUCCUUAUGUCUCAUAUCAGAACAAAGAACGGAUGUUAUUUACCGCUGAACCAUUUUCCACGACAUCUUUAUUUGCCUCAUGUGAGCCACAUCGCUACAUCCUGCAAGUAUACGCCAUUAGAUCUUCCUCCAAGCAUUAGUAAGCAGUUACAUUUGUGGUCUGAUCAUGUAAGCCCAUGAUUCAAUAUGUAUUAUUAUUAUUAUUAUUAUUUUCUCUCGAAGGCUGUUCAUUGUAAUCUUAUUAUGGACGUUCUUCUGAUCUUGUUAUUCCGAGUUGUAUCUACUUCAUAGGAACUCGAUAUCGGUUACUUUGUGCCAA